CUAGAUUCUAGAAUCUAAGUAGAUCUAGAUUAGAAUCUAGUAGAUCUGUGUACUAUAUAGUAGAUCUUGAUCUAGAAAUCCCCAGUCAGUAAACUAUUUAUAGGCCUACUUUUAAUUUAAUACUACUGGCAUACGUCGGGUUUUCUUUAAAAAUAUGGAUCCCAAUAACAACAUGGACAAAUGGGUAACUGAACCAGAGUUUGUGGAAGAAGGAGAUGAAGCACAGAGGAGAGGAUACAACCUACAUAAGGACAUGAAACAUUGUGGGAAAAAUGAUCAACAUUUAAAUUUUAUUCCCUUUAAAUUUUUUCUUGGAAAGGAAAGUACAGUAUUUAAGGUCAUUGAGAUCUUGGGUAAUUUGACAGUGAGAAUAAGUGCUCUCAAUAAACAACGUAUCAAACUUAAUGCAAGUGGAAUGUUAAUUAGAUUAGUAGAGGUUGAGAACUUAGACUAUGGAAGAGAUUGUUGUUUAUUUUUUGUUAUCAUAACAGCCAAGCAUGUGAUCUCUAAUGACAGUGAAGCAAUAAGUGCGACUGUUGAAUUUUUCAAUGAUGGAGAUAACCGUUGUGAUUCCAACAGUGCCAGGUGUAUUAAAUUGUUAGCAUCAAAUAAUGAAGGGGAUUUUUCUGAAGUGUUGUGUAUGACAACAGACAGAAUAUUGGCAGCUAAAAUAAAGAACCUGCUUGACUUUAACCACUUCAAGCUAGCACAUAGAGAAAACUUGUUUAACAUUUUUAUUGAGAGUAGUACUAGAAAGCUCAACAACCCCUUCAGUCAACCUGAAUCUGAUUUAAAUACCUUUAAGGAGAUAAAUAACUUGUUGCAGCACAUAGAUCAGUUUGGUCCUAAAGAACAAUUACUAGACUGUUUUACACAUCCUGUAAGAUUUGAUUUUAGAAACAUAGAACAAUUGUAUUUAAAUACGUUUUUGUUUGAGGUGAUGUUUUUUUGUCAGAGUAAUGGAAUAUGUACAAGAAAUGUUACAACUGAAAUAGAAUUAUUAGACAGAGUUUUUAAAAACUCUCAAGAGAGAAAAACUGUUAUUACGUUAGUAGAAAAUUUAUCUAAACGCAAAAUGACCAAUCAGUACAUUCAUAUUUGCUACCCAUGUGACAAGUCAAAGCAAGUAAGUUGUCAUUAUUUUAUGUCUAUGCACAACACUCCGACAUGUUCUAGAUGUUAUGGUGGUGCUGUGUUUAUUAUUCCUAGAGAAUGUUUGGAACUCAAUGAUGAUGGAGAAAUUCAAUUGGACAAAAUAUUGGUUCUGCAACCCUCUAACAGAAACAAACUCUCAUCGAUGGCCGAGAAGAAGAAAAGGAAAAUAGACGAUGAGUGUCGGCAAUUUCAAGAAGAAUGGAAUUUGAAAUACUUCUUCAUAAAAUCCGGAGAUAAAGCGCUGUGUCUGAUUUGCAAUGAAACCGUGGCUGUGAUGAAAGAAUACAACCUGCGCCGUCAUCAUCAAAGCAAACAUCAGGGUAAAUAUGCACAGUUGGAGGGUAAAGUCCGUGCCAAAACAUAUUCUAAAUUAAAAAAUCAACUCACAUCUCAGAGGACGUUGAUCAAUAAAUCCUCAAAUGAAAAUGAAGCCUUAAAAAAGGCCAGUUAUAAUGUUGCCUAUGUCCUGGCUAAAAGUGGCAAACCGUUUACAGAUGGUGAAGUAGUGAAGGAAUGUUUGAUGAAGUUGCCGACUGUGGAUUGA